ACCACAUAGGAUCCGUUGUGACUUUCUUUCCUAGCAUAUAUAUACUCUUAUUAUUCGACCACUUUAUUAUUAUGUAACUUUUUUUGAUAUUUUGAAUUUUUUUUUCUUUUGAGAAAACUUUAUUACGUAAACAGUAGACCAUCCCAUCAAACCUCCUUCUCAGCUCUUCACACCAAAAUUAUCUUACACUCUCUACAUUUUACUUCCUUAUUCUCCAUAUUCAUAUUACUUUCUUUCUCAGUUUCAAAACUCAUCCAAUCUUCCAACGAGCAAUGGGUAAUUGCAUCUCAGUUUCUCUUCAAUUUGAUGCCAUAUUUUCCAAUUGCUAUCAAUCCACUGUUGCACAAGCCACUUACGUGCAUAAUCUUAAAGAGAAUCUUAAGGCUCUAGAGAAAGCUUCAGAGGAGUUAACAGAUGUGAAGAAUGGCUUAGUGAGAAGAGUCAAGAUUGCUGAGGAGGAGGACCAGUUGACGUGCCUGGAAACAGUCCAGAGGUGGAUUUCAAGGGCUGGAGCAUUGGAAAAUGAAGUUCAAGAACUGCUGCAAACAGAAUCUGAAGAAAGAAACAGACUAUGCCCUUGGGGUUGCUGCUCAAAGAACUAUAAGUCCAGCUAUAAAUAUGGGAAAAGGGUGUCGAGGAAGCUCGCUGAAGUGACUGAGCUGAAAGGCGAAGGGGUAUUUGAGGUGGUGGCUGAAAGGGGACCAAUAGCUCCUGUUGUUGAAGUACCGGAUGAGCCGACGGUAGGAAUGGAACUAAUUUUUGAUCUUAUGUGGACAAAACUCAACGAAGAAGAUGUGAGAAUUAUGGGGUUGUAUGGAAUGGGAGGAGUGGGAAAAACCACCCUUUUGAAAAAGAUCAACAACAAGUUCCUCAAUUCUCAAAAUGAUUAUCAUGUUAUAUGGGUAGUGGUAUCUAAAGAUCAUACUAUUGAGAAUAUACAAAAUAGUAUUGGAGAAAAAAUUACGCUUUCUUUUGGGGGAGAUACAUGGAAGAACAAAACAUUCCAACAAAAAUCUCAAGACAUUUUCAAUGUCUUGAACAAAAAGAAAUUUAUUUUGUUGUUGGAUGACAUAUGGGAGAGAAUUGAUCUUGUUAAAGUUGGGAUUCCUUUGCCUAACAGGCAAAAUGGUUCCAAGCUCGUAUUCACAACUCGUUCCAAGGAUGUUUGUAGUCGCAUGUCAGUUGAUAAACAAGUUGAAGUGAAGUGCUUGUCACGAGAAGAGUCAUGGAAGUUAUUUGAGGAAAAAGUUGGCAACGAGGCCCUCAGUGUCCACCCAGAUAUUCUUUAUUUAUCUAAACAAGUUGCGGAAGAGUGUGAUGGUUUACCUCUUGCACUAACAACUAUAGGUCGAGCAAUGGCUUGCAAGAGAACACCUCAAGAGUGGAGAUAUGCAAUUCAGAUCUUAAAGAACUCAGCCUCAAGUUUUUCAGGCAUGGGAGAUGAGGUAUUUCCUCUUUUAAAGUUCAGUUAUGAUAAUUUAUCUAGUGAGAAAGUUAGGUCUUGUUUUCUGUAUUGCUCAUUGUUUCCAGAAGAUUGGCCAAUCAAUAGAGACGAUUUGAUAUAUAAAUGGAUGUGUGAGGGGUUUCUAGAUGAAUGUUCUGAUUUUGAGAGUUUGCAAGGCCAAGGAUAUACCAUCAUUGGCUCUCUUCUUUAUGCAUGCUUAUUAGAAGAGGUCGAUGAAACACGUGUAAAGAUGCAUGAUGUGAUCCGGGACAUGGCUUUAUGGAUAGCUUGUGGGUGUGAAAAGGCAGAUCACACUUUUUUUGUGAAAACAAAUGUUGAGUUGAAAGAACAAAUGAUUGAAAGUUGGAAUGAGGUUGAAAGGAUCUCUUUGAUGAAAAACUGCAUUAAGAGUUUCUCAGGAAGUCCGACAUGUCCUAACCUCUCAACUUUAUUUCUUCAGCAAAACAAUUUGCAGCGAGUUAGUGGCAGCUUUUUUGAGUUCAUACCUAAAUUAACAGUUUUGGAUUUGUCAUGUAAUCUAUUGACUCUUUUGCCAACGGAGAUAUCAAAAUUAGUCUCAUUGCAAUACCUCAACUAGCAUCUACAAACAUAAAACAGUUGCCAAGAGAGUUGAAGAACUUGAAUAUGUUGAAAUACUUGA